ACGGUCCAGCCUGCCUACGACAAUGUCUUCAAGUAGCUGACCCGUCAUGCGAUUGUACUCGACAAUCAGUAUUGGCUAAUCUGUACGACGAUAAGCUACCGCCGAUUGACUGGCACUUAUCCGUGUGUCAUUAGAGUGGUGUGUGGCUUUUGAACCUUUUGAACAGCCGUUCGGGUAUGGUCAGUUUGGUUCGGAUCAGCAGACAAUCCAAAAGUGUGCGAUGGCCUUGGCGAUUCGUCCUAUUUCGAUCGAGUUGGCCGAAGUGGCCCGGAAAUCUCUGAACGAAGAUCCGAUCCAGUGCCGGAGUCAACUGGAAGUGCUGAGGAGUUGGUUUCGGGAGCGGAGCAAUUUGCACGGAUCGCUGGACGAUCAGGUGUUGGUGACGUUUCUUCGUGGGUGCAAGUUUAGCUUGGAAAAGGCCAAGGAGAAGCUGGCCUUGUUCUACUGGAUUCGGACGGGGUUGACGCAGGUCGUGCAGGAACGCGAUCCGCUUGACGAGCAUGUGGUGCAGCUGAUCCGGAUGGGAGUUGGAACUCCUCUGCCGUACACCGAACGUCCGGUGGAUCCCAAAAUCUUCAUCAUUCGAGUGGGGCAGUUUGACUACACCAAGUGCAGCUUCGCCGAUGUGAUCAAAGUUGGAACGAUGAUAAACGAUGUUUUGAUGCGCGAUGACGACCAGAUGGUGAUCUGUGGAAUGGCUUUGAUAAUCGACAUGGCCAAGGUUACGGCGGGACACCUGAUGCAGUUCGAUUUUGAGUUCCUGAAACAGGUGGCCGUUCUGUACCAGGAUGCCAGCCCGUUGCGAAUGCAGGGCAUCCACAUCCUAAAUCCACCUCCACUAGUGCAAACAGUGGUGAGCUUGUUCAACGGUUUGCUGUCGCCGAAGAACAAGGAUCGAAGGAUAUUUUUCCACGGAACCAGCUUAGAUUCUCUUCAACAACACUUUUCCAAAAGCAUACUCCCAGUGGAGUAUGGAGGCGACCUUGGUUCGAUCGAAACGAUUGUGAAUCAGUGGGAGGACAAGCUGAAGCAAAAUCGAGAAUAUUUGUUGGAGCUGGCCAGGUUGGAGGAUUGUAGUGUAACGAAACUAGGAAUGAAUGGUUCAACACCGCCAUCGCCUUCGGUGCUAACACCAACCAAAAAGAGUGCAAGUUUUGGAUUGGAUGGCUCGUUCAGAAAGCUUGAAAUAGACUAGAUAAGUUUGGAAGAAAUAUUAAAACAAAUUGUAGCAUAAAGCAUAUUAUUCAUUAGUUUCGUCAUAAGUAAGUGGAAUUAGGUCAAAUCAAUAGGAAGUGAGUUCCUAAGUGUAUUGAUAUCGAAUUUAGCACCAUUA